AGACUCACCAGUCGGAGUUGAUUGUUCAUUGGAGACGAAGCGCGCGAGACUCAUCAUCUCUUGAGAGAAGCGGAGGAGCCGCGUUCACCUCUCCUCGUGCGCACUUUCCAGUCUUCCAGUCAGCUGCACGUGCAGGAGGAGAUGAGCGUAUUUUGGACUGUUUGAGCAGAAGCGCGGAGCCGAGCUGGAUGUAUAGGAGGACAAGUUGCUGGCUGUGGCAGCGGCGCAGCGCGAGCACACUUUCAGUAAAGUCGCGAGGAGUGUUUCGGACACGGCUGUGUGGGUGUUUAGAGUCUGCUCUGAGAACGGCAGAAGCUGACAACAGUUCGGUGGAUUUUUCUAAAGUUUCCUGCUGAAUAAAGGUUGUUUUUCUUCUCAUGAAAGCCGGUUUACAUUUGGAACCUGAAGGCUGAGUUUUUGACAAAAUUGAAAUAUUCAGGUUGGAGGCAGGGAGUUGUUGGACCCUUUGUCUUUUUGCGGCGUCUGUGGCCGCUGUUCAGCAGGACGGCAUGCAGAUGGUGGAGGAUGGUGCCUGAGUCGGAGUCGGUCCUUGCUGAUCUGCGUCGGACCUCUCUGUCCAGAGAAAUGACGGCUCUGUGGUGCUCACUCUGGCUUUCCCUCCUGCUGCCUCUCUGUGUCUCGCCGGCCAGACUGCCCACUGCUCAGCCCACAGACUCUGUAUCCAGUGAAACUGCAUUCCUGGAGUACAUUGUUUUGGGCAUGGGGGACAUCCUGGAGAGGUCAUGCAACUCGGUGGACUCCUCAGAGCCAAUUGUCUGGUUCAAAGAUGGCGCUGGACUUGUGUCGGGCAACCGGAUGCGAGUGGGCCACCGGAUGUUACGCAUCAUCAACGUGUCGUACGAGGACUCCGGAGUCUACACGUGCCGACUUGCCCAUACCAACACGCUUCUCAGCAACUACACUAUCAGGGUGACAGAUUCUCUGUCUUCUGGUGAUGAUGAAGACUAUGAUGAAGAUCCUGAAGAUGCAGGUAAUGCAAAUGAAGCUCCUUUCUGGACCAGGCCUGAACGGAUGGAUAAGAAGCUCCUGGCUGUCCCUGCAGCCAACACUGUCAAGUUUCGCUGCGCAGCAAGCGGAAACCCAAUGCCGACCAUCCGCUGGCUCAAGAAUGGCAAGGAGUUCAAGGGCGAGCAGAGAAUGGGAGGCAUCAAGCUGAGACAUCAGCAGUGGAGCUUGGUAAUGGAAAGUGCUGUGCCAUCGGACCGGGGUAACUACACCUGUGUGGUGCAGAACAAGUACGGCACUAUCAGUCACACCUACCAACUGGAUGUUUUAGAGCGUUCACCUCACAGGCCGAUUCUCCAGGCGGGCCUACCAGCCAAUCAGACGGUGGUGGUGGGCAGCGACGUGGAGUUUCACUGUAAAGUUUAUAGCGAUGCCCAGCCGCACAUCCAGUGGCUCAAACACAUUGAGGUGAACGGCAGCCGCUACGGUCCUGACGGCGCUCCCUACGUAAACAUUCUGAAGAGUAAUGUCAGUAAACACACUGUGGCUCACAGUAUACUGAAACUGUCCAACGUGACAGAGAAUGAUGCCGGGAAGUACUGGUGUCGUGCCUCAAACUUUGUAGGCAAGUCGGAAAAAGCUUUCUGGCUUAUGGUACACAAACCAGCAGUGAACUCAGGCAAAGAUGACUACUACGCCGACAUCCUCAUCUACCUGACGGGCUGCGUGCUCUUCGUCUUCGCUGUGGUUAUUGUCUUCCUCUGCCGCAUGAGGAUGACCACGCAGAAGACGCUCCCCACGCCGCCUGUGCAAAAACUGUCAAAGUUUCCCCUAAAGAGACAGCAGGUUUCCUUGGAUUCUAACUCCUCCAUGAACUCAAACACACCUCUGGUCCGGAUUGCUCGGCUGUCAUCCAGCGAUGGGCCCAUGCUGGCCAACGUCUCAGAGCUAGAGCUGCCCUCCGACCCCAAAUGGGAGUUUCCUCGGACAAGGUUAACCCUGGGUAAACCUCUGGGGGAGGGCUGCUUCGGUCAGGUGGUCAUGGCUGAGGCAGUUGGCAUCGACAAGGAGAAGCCCAACAAGCCUCUCACCGUUGCUGUGAAAAUGCUGAAAGAUGAUGCAACAGAUAAAGAUUUGUCAGACUUGGUGUCAGAGAUGGAAAUGAUGAAGAUGAUAGGCAAACACAAAAACAUCAUCAACCUACUGGGAGCAUGCACGCAGGAUGGUCCUCUGUACGUCUUGGUGGAGUAUGCUUCAAAAGGGAACCUGAGGGAGUACCUCAGGGCACGGCGUCCUCCAGGCAUGGAUUACUCCUUUGACACCUGCAAAAUCCCUGACGAGCAGCUCACAUUUAAAGACCUGGUGUCCUGUGCCUAUCAGGUCGCCCGAGGCAUGGAGUAUCUGGCCUCACAAAAGUGUAUCCACAGAGAUCUGGCAGCCAGAAACGUUCUUGUGACGGAAGACAAUGUCAUGAAAAUUGCCGACUUCGGUCUCGCUAGAGACGUGCACAACAUAGACUACUACAAAAAGACCACAAAUGGUCGUCUGCCCGUGAAAUGGAUGGCUCCAGAGGCCUUGUUCGACCGGGUCUACACGCACCAGAGCGAUGUGUGGUCUUAUGGAGUUUUGUUAUGGGAGAUAUUCACCCUGGGAGGUUCACCGUAUCCAGGAAUCCCAGUGGAGGAACUCUUCAAACUGUUGAAAGAAGGACAUCGGAUGGACAAACCCGCCAACUGCACGCAUGAACUGUACAUGAUCAUGAGGGAGUGCUGGCAUGCGGUCCCGUCUCAGAGGCCGACGUUCAGACAGCUGGUAGAAGAUCUGGACCGGAUUUUAUCAAUGACCUCCACAGAUGAGUACCUGGACCUGUCGGUGCCUUUCGAGCAGUACUCUCCAACCUGUCAGGACUCCAACAGCACCUGCUCCUCUGGAGACGACUCAGUGUUCGCCCACGACCCGCUGCCUGAUGAGCCCUGUCUUCACAAACAGCUUCCCAGCAACGGGGUGAUAAGGACAUAAAACCUGAACUUAGGGAGGUCAGGUCUGGACCUCCCCUCACAGUUUGUGACAAAUAAUCACCUCUCAGCGACUCAAGAUUCCUCAAGAUAUGGAAAUAAAGACUUCAUGCAAUACUUCUUCAGCUCUUCAGCUCGUCUUAAACUCUUGGUUUGGCAUUCUCUUUAUGCUUUUCUUCUCCAAUUCCAAGAGACACUUUCGACAUUGAAGGAUUUUUUUUUUUUUGCUGUUGAACCAUGUUUGCGUUCUUUUCAGGAAUGAAAUUAUAUUUUUAUACUCUGGCCAGUCUUUUGCUACAAACGGUUUUGUGGUGAAACCAUUCCGUGCCUACUUGGAUUAAACCUCCUGGGACUGAAUUCAGAAAUAUUACAGAACAUGAAGGGCAUUUUAAAAGUGACCAGUUAGUGGUGCAGGAGGACGUUUGAUUUUUAUCCUCUAAUCUACACAGAGCUCACAGGUCACAACAAACUGCCCUAUUUUAAAAUAUAACUGUAAGAUGUUGCAGAGAAGUGGCAAAACCAGAAUCAACUCAGAGAAGGAACUCCUGCUGAAUACGUUUUCACUGAAGACUUCCAGCCACAGAGUGGAUUUUAUCAGUGUUUUCUUUCCACAUUUUUGCAUCCUAAGAACAGUUUUGUAACAGAAUUCCUCAUGACUUGAGGCAAACUUUCAGGGCCUUUCAGUGAUCAAAUCAGUGGUGUUUGGAGGACUUUUUUUCUAUAUCUAGAAAGAUUUAUUGUAAAUAUAUAAAUGCAAAUAUGUAUCAUAUCGCUGCCACAGCCGUGUACUUAAAAGAUAAAAAAAAAUACAUUUACAUUUUUUUUGUUUGAGGAUGGAAGACACUGUCUGAGCGUUAAAAACAUUGAAUCAUUUAGGGUGUUGCAGAAAAGUUUUAUUUGAAUAAUUAACAUGUAUAUUUGUAAGGUAUUUAUAGACUUAAUAUGUGGUUUUUAAGUUUGAAAGGUCUAGUUUAGAAUUUUUAGUACUGUACACAAAGAUUUUUAUUUCAACUUUUUGUAACUUAUUUUACAACAGAAUGAGAUGUUUUUGUCACAAACUGGCUGACUUUUUUUGUUGGUUUGUUUACAGUUUGAAACAGAAAAAUACGAAUGUAUGACAGAAGAUGAUGUUGGUGAGAGCGAUAGUGUGACAGCCAGGACUUGUGAAUCCAAAGCUCCGACUUAAGGCGCUGGAGGUUUCCAUUGAGUUCUAGUUCUGGUUUCAAAUGUUGCCAUUUGCACCAUGAAAGGAAUGAUUAUCUCUUGCUGGGCAAGAAAUAGCAGCGCAUCACAGAGACGUUUCAUAUAUACAGUCAUGGUGAAAAUAAAGGACACAGUUUUAACAUAUAAAGCAGAUUUCGAAAGAACUUAAAUCUAACCUUACAAAAGAGACACACCAGAGAUUCCAUCUUGUUGUUAUUUAUUAAAUAAAGACUUUGCAUGAAUUCUCGGUUUCAUGAAAAAUUAGGUACACCCCAAAAAUCCAACAUACGUACAAACUGUUAAAACGUUUACUUUUAUUUAAAGGAGGCCUACUUUCUUUUUACUCUGACUGUAUUUAUGCUCUGAAUACCAACAACAAGAUAUCAAUCACAAAGCCUUCAGAGAACCUCAGUCUCUUAUUAAAUGACAAAGAAAUUAGAGAUGCACCGAUCAGAAUGUUUUGGGUCAAUUUUCAAUCCUGUUUUUUUUUUUGACAUAGUUCUGAGCUGCCAGUCCAAAUUUUAGCCAAAUCCCAAUUUAAGAGCUAUAACAUAAGGAGAUGUCUAAAAACAGCAUUUAGCUUCUCAUGCUGUGUGGUCAUCUAUUUUAUUAUGGGGCAGAGGCGACUUCACAUCGUGUGUGUGAGAGCGCAGUCACAUGUAGACAUCUAAAGUGGGUUUUUAGUGCUUUUAAUACAAGUCUAAACAUAGACCUGGUUUAGCUCAGAUGAUUGAAAAGCAUUAAAAUAGAAGUAAAAAGUGGAGUGAGAUUAAAACUGGGACUUUUCAGUAACUGAUAAAUCUUUUACCAGAUGGGCUACACUUUAUAAAGUGUUUAAUUAUGCUUGAAAAUUAUGAUUUAUGCUGAAUAACUGAAACUUUUCUGAGAACAAGCUGAACAUUGUAUCGGCUGAUAUCAAGAAAGCAUCUUGUUGUCAGUGCACAGUUCCAAUGGUUAAUUAUUAACAUUUAUUAUUAAAAAUCGCAAUUCUCUCGAUGUCCUGUUCAAGCUCUCAGAUAAACAAAGAUAGUGUUUUUCUCCAUAUUGAUGGUAUAAGUUUAAAAGUGAUGGAUGAAGGGCAUUAUACUGAAUCAAAAGAAGCGAUUUUUGAGUUUAUAUUUGAUAUUUUUAUUUAUUUUUGAAUGAUUUACAUGAUUUUUAUGGUUCUUACAAAUGCUUAUGCGGAAUAGGUAAAUAUUCCACAUAAAUGUCUAAACUCAUACUACAUUUAGAUCAGCCAGUUUUCAUUUUAAUGAAGACAAAACACCUCCCUUUAAAUCUAAAUCAGCGUCAUAUAUAUGUAUUUUUAUUGGUUUAUGUCUAAAUGAGUACAGGUAUACCGCUCAGUGAACAGUUUCCUUUUAAAUAGCCUACGUUGAGUGCCUCUCUCUUUGAGUGUCUCUUGGUGUUGGCAGGUCACAAACUUUAGAGAUUUCUGUAUUUCUUGAAAAAGUCCAAAUUUUUACAUUUCUGCCUGGCCGGUCACCCGUAAGGUCAGACGAUUCUGGUCACCAGACGAUCGGUGCAUCUCUAAAAAAAAAAAAAGAAUAAUUUUUACCUUUUUGGGCUGUGCUGUUUGCUAAACACUUCAGCACCUUUUCGCAUCACUUCUGGCCACAGUGCUUCUCUUUUCCUUCAGGUUAGACUUGUCUGUUGAGAUUUUAUGUAGUUCAUUAAAAUAUUUAAAUAAAAUUACUAAAAUAGGCUCCUGCAGGCUUUGUAGCAACAGUCAGAAAAUAGUUUAUUUUAAGUUUUGGAUUCAGUGCAGUCCACCUUUAAACCCAGUUAGGUAUAGUCAGAUCCCUUAAAUAGUUGACAGUAGCUGACGAUUACACAAAGAAUGCAUCCAAGUUACAGUGAGAGAAAAAACUGUUUUAAUUAAAGAGGUGCCUCAUAUGGUUUUAAUAACAGAACAUUCAACGAUCACAAAGUUGAUGCUGCUAAACACUCAUUUUAAUACUCACUGGUAAAUGCCUAAGGGGUAAAUAUAAAACUAUCAUGUUAUUUUCUCUUCAUGAAACAAAAAAAGAAAAAGUAAACUACCUAUUUUAUUUCCUCUCUAUAGAGUUAUUACUGAAAGAAAUGAAGGCAUGUUGUGUGACUCAGACCACACAGCAAAAAAAUCAAAUAUAUGUAUAUCUAUCUAUAUGACAGGAUUUGAAGUCUUUAGUUUCUUUUUCGAUUGUGUUGAAAAAGGUGCCAAAUUAGUCUUAACUUCAACCGAUCUCUGAACUAAAUGCUGCACUGGGGAAUGGAGGUGGCUAGAAGAUGGAAGGUUUACAAAAUAAGUAUCCUAGUAUUUGAGGGGAUUUUUCUAACAGACCCCUCAUAAAAGAGCAUUCAGUCUGAAAUGUUUGCAGAGUCACAAAAGGGAAAGGCCUUUUGCAGGGUAUUGAAGGGUUCACAGAUUUACUCGCUGCUAAAUGGAAAUGGUGGGAACAUGUUACUGUGCAAUGAGAAAUGAGCUGGAAGGUUUUUGCCAGUACUUGCUUAAAUCAUUUUUGUAUUUGAAAGACUUAAUAAACUUAGUAAACUCGCAAUUAAAAUAACAGAUUAUUUUGCUAUUGGCAUCAAAUUCCGUCAAAGAGAAAAAAAGCCCACAGUGAAGCAAAAUCUCUCAGAAAGCUUUUAUUGGAGAUGUCAUUUGUGUUCUUAUUACAAUUGUGCCUAAAUUAAAUAAAUCAAAAAAGGGGAUUGAUCACAUUAUGAAUGUAUAAAUGCAUUAGAAAAAAUUCAAAUGUAGAUUUUAAAUAAUGGAUUCUAGGGCUAAUUGGUCUAGUUUGUUCACUAAUGUUAUUAAUAUUAAAGAGCCAAACAGACAAAAACGCACUUCUGUAAAGAACCAAUGGAUAUAAUGAAAAAGAUGGUGUUUUGUUCUUAUUUAUUCUUCCAUGUUGGGUAAAAACUUUCCCUAUGGUGAGAGUAUUUUAUUCAGAGCUGUUUGCUUUUCAGUAUUUUUAUUAAGAGCCAGAAGAAAAGAAUUGUAAGGUUGGAAUUUUGUUAGAUACUUAAAAAGUUUUCCUUCUGGUUUAGGUUCUUUUCUGUUUUGCUAUUUUAUCUUUAAAUGCCCUCCUUCUCUUUGUCAGAUAUCUUUUAAAAUAAAUUUAUUAGUUUUCUGUUUUAGCAGCAAAUUUGAAGACUUGUUUCACUCUGUUUUUAUGGUUUUGUUUUUAUUAUUUUUCUUAUGGAAAUGCAUUGAAAUAGCUUACUAACACUAGAACUGACUCCAAGUACAUAGUUUUAUUUAUGCAGCAGGAUUGGAAAUAAAUGCAUUUCAUUAAACAUCAAAGGUACUUUUUGUGACUUACAUUGUUUUCUCUAUUAAAGUGAGAUUAAAAUAAUAUUUCUGUCUGUUUGGUAAAGUUCUUAUGAUAUCUUAAAUUAUUCAUUUUGCUCCCCCUUUGAAUGUCAUAAAGAAGAGUGAAAAAGAUUCUGGGAAGGUUGGUCAACUAAAUAAUGAAAUACAAUACAUUUUUGCAAGCCACACACAUUAAAAUACGGUUUAGUUGUUAUAAAUCGGCUAUGCAAAAUGGAACUUUGGGUCUUACUGCAGGUGCAUAAUCACAGACAGAAGACCAACAACAGGUAUGGGGAGUUGAGCUUCAACAGGGACUUCAGAUAUCAACCACUUAGAAAAUGCUGUGAUCAGGAACCCUGAGAUUGGAUCAGGACUUGCCUAAUUUUUAAACAAAGCUGUCAAUAGCUGUAAAUAACCAAUUUUGUGCCAUGUGUUUGAAGAGGGGUUCUGUUAAGAGGUUGCUAGUAGUAAAUACCUUGGGUGCAGUUAUUAACUCUGUUGAUGUCUACUUUCAUGAAACACAGAAUAGGGCUAAGACAUUGGCAAACUACUGUCCAAACAUAUUAGAAUAAUUCCAGUCUAAAAAAAAAUCAUGCACAUAGUUUUAUAAACCAAAAGUACAAAUUGAAAAUUCUGGUAGAUAAUUUCCAUCCUUUUCCAAACCAGUAUUCAGAUGGUGUUGGAUGUGGGAUGUUCGAUUAGCAGGUCAAAUACUGAAAUAUCUUAUUUCUCCAUGCUGUUUUCCCUGUCCAUUAAAGGCAUCACACCUAAGAACUCCUACCAUGUUUGGUCUCUAAAUGUAUCAGACAACAACAUGUACCAUGAUAUACUUUGACUUUAACAAAAAUAUGAAAAAGGUUAAAGAUAAAUAUUUUUUGAUGUACAAAUAGUAAUAAUCUUCCUUAAUUUUCUUUAGAAUUUAAAAGUUUUACCUGUAUCAAACAGCCUGUAGCAAUUUUUUUGUGGCACUAGUGGCCUUUAUUUUGUAAGUUGACCGGCAGGAAAUGGGAUGGAGAGAGAGGGGAAGACAUGCAGCAAAGGUCAACAGGCUGGGACUUGAACCUGUGAUGGACUGUAGCCUCCAUACAUUGGUCAUGCAUUUUACUCCUGUGCCACCACAACACCCCCUUUUUCUCCCAAAAAACAGAAUCACAAAAUUGGGUCUCAAGGAAACCGGAACUUGCACCAAUCAAGCCAGGAAAAGCUUGAUUGGUGCAUCUCUAUUUUGAAAACUUGACAUUUUGAAGCUUGGACUAAAGGUUUUGUCUUGGUGAUGCUCUGAAAAACGUUAACUGGAACAGGGCUCAAUACAAUAAAUACAGGCGUGAAUUGACCUUAAUUGACAUCUGUGGUCUCUAUUCUGAAUGACUUCUUCAUUCUGCUGUGUUCAGCCACAUGAUAAUCAGGGAGGAUGUGACUAGAGGAUGAAAAUGUGUACACACAUUCUUUAAGUUUUGUUUUCAACUGUUAAUCUUGGUCUUCACAUCUCUUCAUCUGUUGUAUCCACUUGACGAAACGUGGAUUGAUCUGUAGUUUGAAAUAUUCGUGAUGAUGCUGAUGUACAUGAGCUGAUAUUCAUGUAGCUUUGUGAGCUGUUAUGUCAUUUUCAUUCUGUUUCUUUUGUCACAUUUCAUUUUGGUUUUUGUUAUCUUCUUUGCACCCACAAUUUAUUUCUCUCUGCUUGUAUUCAGAUUUCUAACAUGGAAAGCUGGAACUAACUGUUAUUUGAUUAUUUUGUCUGUAUUCACAGCUUAUUUGCUACAGUCUUCAGGUUUUUUAUGACGAUGCAACCCCCACACCACUCUGGGCAGACAUUUCCCCACGUGGGAGAAAAAACCUAAAAAGAACUAUUUCACAACAUGUCUCAGUCUCCCUGUUUUUUUCUGUCACUAACAAACUAUGCUGUCAAACUCUUUUAUGAAUAAACACAUUAUAACAGAA